GAACAACCAGAAUCAUAAGCGUGACCAUUCUUAUUUCCUCUGUGGUAUAGUAUAACUCUCUAUACCACCGUUGAUCACAUUGACAUUCGUAUUUUAUAUUUAACCAACCCGAAAUUGUUUUGAACAUCAUUUGGAUUAUUUCAGAAAAAAGACCGAUAAAGAUAGUUCCAUGAAUUGAUUAGAAGUGGAAAGAAGGACGCAGAUCUACGUGCCUUGUGGAAAUUAAUACGAAAGUCUACAUCUUAUAAACCGACACAUGUAAACUCAUCGAUCAAAAGGGAAUGUUUGUUUUGCUUCUCUCUGCCUUUGAGUCUCGAGCCAUCACGAAGGUUAGACCGAACGACAGUACGAUUACUUGACGACUUUAUUUCAAAGCACGUAAUUGAAGCAAACAAUGGCUGGCAGUGGAGAACUUUGGGUACAGUGCUUUACCUGUUGUUUGAUGCAACAAGGACCAAGGACACGGAAUGGAAGACAGAGGUCACAUCAGAGGUUAAGGAUAGAUCGUAGCAUGAUAGGAGUACCUACAAACUUUAGGCAUACUGGACAUAUUAGUAGUGGAGAUCUCGAUAUGAGCAAUGCACAAUUGUCAAAUAUUCAGGCACAAAUGCAAAUGAAAGGAGGCUAUGACAAUGCAUACAGUGUCAAGGACACAAAUCACACGCGUCUACGGCGACUUCGACAACAAGACUGAAACUUCAGCUGAUUACUCGGCGAUCUUAUACGUUCGACUGAUCGUACACAAUUGACCUGUUCCUUGCGUACCAGGUAGAGUUUUAGUCACGGCAAUGGCUUGUAAUUGUAGUUUCUUACAAUUAGUACUCCAGGUAAUGGGGCAAGAGACAUCUGCGAUGCAUCAUAAAUAUUUGUAUAACAGUAACAUCAGGUAUACAAUGUGUUUCGUCAUAAGCAGACAAUAGUUAUUUAUUUUGUAUAUUAAUGUGUAACAAUUGUAUAACAUUUAAUUUUGGUUAUAUAUAAUUUUCUUCGCCUAUAAUCUUAUUUGUGCAUAAUAUUUUUCAUAUAUAUUUUUCUUUAUAUUUCAUUUCUUUCAUAUUCUAUGCUUUCAUUCUUAUUGUGCGCCAAAUUAAUAUCUUAGUUUGAAUGUUAAUAUUGAUUUUCUCCUUUUAAUUUCCAUUAAAAUAAAAUAUCUAUCGUUAAUAAACAAUACUACUGAGAUUUUGCUGUAUACAUGCAAGUUUUGAUAGUACUUGAAGAAUUAAUCAGAAUAAAUAUAAAUUAGGAUAAAUGGUUUAGAAAUAAGUAAAGGAUAAGAAACUUCGAAGGAAAAAUAAUUACGUAUAUGUAAAUAAACCAGAACAAAUAGUAACUGUUAAUGUAAAAUGAAAUACCGUAUUCUAACCUGAGCCUAGCUAUUAUUCAUAUUUAUUAUCCUCUAAAUUUAAAUCGGAAGAUACCUGUAUUUGCCGCUAGGGAUCAAAAGUUUUGUAAUGCGAAGACCGUAUUAGGGAACAAUAGCAGGUAUACAUAUUUCGAGAAUUAUAAAUGCAAUACACGAAAUUUCACUGAAACGUUUAAAUAACACCGAAAUUUUAGGAUAUAUUAGAAUUCUAUGUAACAAAGAGAAUUAGCUUUCAUUGAAACUGGAUUUAUUUGAAUAGAUAAAACGGUUUUUGGAACGGUUUGACAGUAUAAAAAACGUGCGUGAAAUCAAGUAAGUCUGUACACGUGAAAUAUUAGCUCAAUUUAAAUUACAAUAAUGUCUGAUAUAAAGAGUGUUUUGUCUCUAUUAUGUCAGCAUUUAAAUUUUUCAAUCAAUAUUGUGAUGAAACCUGAAUAUUUUAGGCUGGCAAAAUUUAAUAGCGCGGCAGAAAAUGUCGUGAGUAUUAUGCACGAUAUCACAUAACCUUUCUAUGAAUAACGCUACACGUUUUAACAUCCAUGAAAUAAGGAUUUCUAAUAUAUAAUCUUUUCUGUAUUAGACUAGAACGUUUUGGACAGCACUGAAUGUCUUAAGCUAUUAUGCUGUAAAA